AGGGAUUCAGGAGUGAAGCCUCUCUCUGAUCUACUGAAGGAUCCACGCUGUAAACUGGAGAAACUAGAGCUGGAAUACUGCAGCAUUGCUAAGAAAGGUUUUGCUGCUCUGGUAUGGGGUCUGACAUCGAACUCGUCACACCUGAGAGAACUCAAUCUCAGCAGGAACGAACCAGGAGACUCUGGAGUGAAGAGGCUGUCUGAUCUCCUGAAGUAUCCGCAGUGUGAACUUGAGAAACUACAGCUUGAUGACUGUAGUAUUGGUGAGGAAGGUUUUGCUGCUCUGGUUUCAGGUCUGAUAUCAAACCCAUCACACAUCAGAGAACUCAAUCUGAACUCUAGUAAACCGGUUUACUCAGGAGUGAAUCUACUCUGUAAUCUACUGAGAGAUCAGCACUGCAAACUGAAGAAACUACAGCUGGAGUGCUGCAGUAUUGGAGAGGAAGGCUGUGCUGCUCUUGCUUUAGCGCUAAAAUCAAACCCCUCUCAUCUGAGAGAACUCAAUCUGAACUACAACGAACCAGGAGGCGCGGGAGUGAUGCUUCUGUCUAUUCUUCUGAAGAAUCCCCACUGUAAACUGGAGAAACUAGAGUUGUCUCACUGCAGUAUUACAGAGAGCGGCUGUGCUGCUCUGAGAUCAGCUCUGAGUUCAAACCCUUCACACUCAAGGGAACUCAAUCUGAAUUAUAACCAGAACACUCAACAGUGACGCUGCUUUCCAAUCGACUGGAUCCAAACUUAAAAGUCAAACUAAAUCUAGGCUUUUUAUGUUGUCUUUGUUUUUACUCUUUAUGAAUGCAAAAAAAAAAAAAAAGUGUAAAUACACAUUUUCUAUACAUGUCUUAUUUGACAACCAUUUCAGAUCAUCUUGGAGCUUUAAUGACAUAAAUAUAUAUAGAUUGAGUAUUGAAUAUGCAUAUUUUUAAAGCUAACUUAAAAUAUUUUAUCUUAUAUUUAUCUAUAUACCAAAAAGAGGAAUCUUUUGACCAUAUAAACUUAUAUAGGCUCGGCUAAUGUCCGUCCUGUGCA